UGGGUCAGUGUCACCUCCAGGAUACAGACAGCCCCCCUUCAGCCCAGCCCAGCCAGGUCUCCUACACCGCCACCAUGCCGUUCGGUAACACCCACAACAAGUUCAAGCUGAAUUACAAGCCUGAGGAGGAGUACCCUGACCUCAGCAAACAUAACAACCACAUGGCCAAGGUACUGACCCUUGAACUCUACAAGAAGCUGCGGGACAAGGAGACUCCAUCUGGCUUCACCGUAGACGAUGUCAUCCAGACAGGAGUGGACAACCCAGGUCACCCCUUCAUCAUGACCGUGGGCUGCGUGGCUGGUGAUGAGGAAUCCUAUGAAGUUUUCAAGGAACUCUUUGACCCCAUCAUCUCGGAUCGCCAUGGGGGCUACAAACCCACUGACAAGCACAAGACUGACCUCAACCAUGAAAACCUCAAGGGUGGAGACGACCUGGACCCCAACUACGUGCUCAGCAGCCGCGUCCGCACUGGCCGCAGCAUCAAGGGCUACACGCUGCCCCCGCACUGCUCCCGUGGCGAGCGCCGGGCGGUGGAGAAGCUCUCCGUGGAAGCUCUCAACAGCCUGACGGGAGAGUUCAAAGGGAAGUACUACCCUCUGAAGAGCAUGACGGAGAAGGAGCAGCAGCAGCUCAUCGAUGACCACUUCCUGUUCGACAAGCCCGUGUCCCCGCUGCUGCUGGCCUCAGGCAUGGCCCGCGACUGGCCCGACGCCCGUGGCAUCUGGCACAAUGACAACAAGAGCUUCCUGGUGUGGGUGAACGAGGAGGAUCACCUCCGGGUCAUCUCCAUGGAGAAGGGGGGCAACAUGAAGGAGGUUUUCCGCCGCUUCUGCGUAGGGCUGCAGAAGAUCGAGGAGAUCUUUAAGAAAGCUGGCCACCCCUUCAUGUGGAACCAGCACCUGGGCUACGUGCUCACCUGCCCAUCCAACCUGGGCACUGGGCUGCGUGGAGGCGUGCACGUGAAGCUGGCGCACCUGAGCAAGCACCCCAAGUUCGAGGAGAUCCUUACCCGCCUGCGCCUGCAGAAGAGGGGUACAGGUGGCGUGGACACAGCUGCCGUGGGCUCAGUAUUUGACGUGUCCAACGCUGAUCGGCUGGGCUCGUCCGAAGUAGAACAGGUGCAGCUGGUGGUGGAUGGUGUGAAGCUCAUGGUGGAAAUGGAGAAGAAGUUGGAGAAAGGCCAGUCCAUCGACGACAUGAUCCCUGCCCAGAAGUAGGCGCCUGCCCACCUGCCACCGACUGCUGGAACCCAGCCAAUGGGAGGGCCUGGCCCACCAGAGUCCUGCUCCCUCACUCCUUGCCCCGCCCCCUGUCCCAGAGUCCCACCUGGGGGCUCUCUCCACCUUUCUCAGAGUUCCAGUUUCAACCAGAGUUCCAACCAAUGGGCUCCAUCCUCUGGAUUCUGGCCAAUGAAAUAUCUCCCUGGCAGGGUCCUCUUCUUUUCCUAGAGCUCCACCCCAACCAGGAGCUCUAGUUAAUGGAGAGCUCCCAGCACACUCGGAGCUUGCGCUUUGUCUCCACGCAAAGCGAUAAAUAAAAGCAAUGGUGGCCUUA